GGCGAAGUCCAGUCUCCGCCUGUUCCCGGGCCACCACCUCCUCUGAGCCCAGCCAGUGUCCGGCGUCGCUCUCCGAUCCCGCCGCGCGCUUCCCGCAGGCGCCGCAAGGCAGCGAGGGUUCCGGCGCCAUCCUAGCCAGUCCAAACCAUGAAGGUGGAGUUUGCGCCGCUCAACAUCCCCCUGGCGCGGCGGUUGCAGACGGCGGCGGUGCUGCAAUGGGUCCUGUCCUUCCUGCUGCUGGCACAGGUGUGUGUUGGAAUCAUCAUAGUACUGAUCAUACACAACUACUGGUUCCUCUACAUCCCCUAUUUGACAUGGCUUUACUUUGACUGGCAAACCCCCGAGCAAGGAGGCAGAAGGAUCGAAUGGGUCAGAAGUUGGAAGGUCUGGAAGUACUUUAGGGACUAUUUUCCAAUUCAUCUCAUCAAAACUCAGGGUUUGGAUCCAAGUCGCAACUAUAUAUUUGGCUUUCACCCCCAUGGAGUUCUUGUGGUUGGAGCCUUUGGAAAUUUUUGUACAAAUUACUCGGAGUUCAAGGAGCUGUUCCCCGGCUUCACCGCGUAUCUUCACGUGCUCCCAUUUUGGUUCCGGUGCCCUCUCUUCCGAGAAUAUCUGAUGAGUUGUGGACCAGUGUCUGUUUCCAAGAAAAGUGUGUCCUACGUGCUGAGCAGGCAGGGAGGUGGGAACAUAUCGGUCAUCGUCCUCGGGGGAGCCGAAGAGUCGCUGGAUGCCCACCCUGGGAAAUUCACGCUGUUCAUUCGCCAACGGAAAGGCUUCAUUAAAAUUGCUUUGACCCACGGGGCCUAUUUAGUCCCUGUGUUUUCUUUUGGUGAAAAUGAACUGUUUAAACAAGUUAGCAACCCUGAAGGCUCGUGGCUUCGAAGUGUUCAGGAGAAACUGCAGAAGAUCAUGGGGUUUGCUUUGCCACUGUUUCACGCCAGAGGAGUUUUCCAGUACAGCUUCGGUAUAAUACCCUAUAGGAAGCCCAUCAACACUGUCGUUGGCCGCCCAAUCCCUGUUGCUCAGACUCCACACCCGACCUCGGAGCAGAUCGAGCAACUGCAUCAGACCUACAUGGAGGAACUAAGAAAACUAUUCGACGAGCACAAAGGAAAGUACGGCAUCCCAGAGCAUGAAACUCUGGUUUUCAAAUGAUUGUCAUUCUCUAAAGGCUCAAAUGAUGAGGGAACAUCGCAGUGAUAGCAAAGCCAUUUUAAAUAACUUUUUCUCUUUUGACUAUGAAAUCAAAUUACCUGGAAAGUAUUAUUUAAGGUGACAGAUGUUGUUGUUUUCUCAGAAAAUAAAAAAUAUAUAUGAUAGAUGAAUGUAGGGUAAGAAUGGAGAUAACCUUAGAACUGUUAAUAAUAUCCCUUGUUUAAAAGGUAUAAAUCAUUUUAUAGGUUAUAAACAGGUUCAGAUUUACUCACCGGGUGCAAAAAAAAAAAAAAUGACAUCUUCAAAAAGUAAUUAGACCCUUUCAGUAGGCGUAGGAAUCAUUGUACCUAAUGUUUUCACCCAGUGUGACAGCUGUGGUUUAGCACAGCUGGGACAUGCAGAAGAUGGGCCACAUAAUUUGCACAUAGAGCUGGAGUGAGGGGACUCUUGGUUUGUUUGGACCAGGUGCAACAGAGGGAAUAAUUCAGCCCUUUCGCCCAUGUCAACCAACGCAUUUUUAUACAAUAGUGUAGAAUGUUUGUGUCAUCUUGAAAGCAGAACGAGUCUGUCACGUGGAAAUCCACGUGAGCCAAAGCCCGUCUGUUCAUUUCUCCCCGUGCUUAGAGAGGCAUCCUUCUGAUACAGCAAGGAAGCCCACGGCAAGACUGAGCUUUGCAGGUGCUUUAGACGGUGGAAAUUCCAAAAGGUUUUCAUGGCAACACAAAUGGUUUCCAUUUCCUUCCCAAAUGGCCUUUGCGUUGUAAGCCAGGCCCUGAAGCAGAGUUGUUCUGGGGAGAUGUGUCCAAUUCCCGGUGAGCUGGGCUUGAGUCUCCUCUGAAGCUGAAUGAGCGGAGCCUUGUCCUUGCUUCUGCUGAUGUCUCCACGGAGUUGGAGCUAAAGGGUCCACGGAACUCAGGAAGUACGUACCUGAUUAAUGAGUGUGUUCAAGAAUAUGCCAGAUUUUGCCAUAACAUGAGGAAUUUUAAAGCUGCUAGAAUGAAAUGUAAGACCUGCCUUAAGAAGGAGGUCGUUUGCUCCAUGUGGCUGUCCUGGUGUCAGCUGUGCUGCAGACUGGCUCCCAGCAGGCAAGCUGGAGAGCACCCGGUGCUAGGAACUAGUCGGGCAGGAAGCACACCUGGUUUCCAGAGGAUCUCCAGGGCUCGUUGCUCGUUUCUGUGCCUCCUCUGUCCCAGGUAUUUGUGGACAGUGUCACAGCUUGUUGGCAAUAUGUCUAAUGUUUAAGCAUAAAAACUGGGGCUGGAGCCUGGCUUGAGUAGAGCAACAGCUCUACAAAAUCAUGCUGGGCAAGACCUUGAGUAAGACUACGGGUUCCAUGUGAGAAAGUUCAGCUUUCUGUAUUGUUCUGUAUGAAGGUGUUGGGCCUAAAUCCCUUUGAUGGCACACUAACUGAGCAAUCCAGAACCUGGGUUAUUUUGUUUUGUUUUAUUUGUUUUUGGUCGAAAUGAGACUCUAUGUUAUUUCAAACCCCAUAGAUUUCAUUCCCUCAGAGAAGUUUAUGCUUGAACUUUCAUGACUUUGUAGAGAUGAAUUUCAAUGUCAUUAUUGGUAAUGACUGGCCAAGAUCAGCUGAAUUGUCUGGCAAGUGAUUAAAUGUACAUGUUUAGUAAAGCAAGAAGACUGAAAAAAAAAAGGAGAAAGAGAAAAUUUUCACUCAUAAAUUAUCUGGAUUUUACCAUUAGGAAUUAAAAAAUCUAAUUAGGAAUUAUUUACCUUUAGGAAUUUUAAAAAAUCCUAGCAGAUGGCAUACAUGAAAUGAGAUUUUUUUGGUAUAGUUUAUGGGAGAAGAAAGAUGAUCUCAGCUUGUUUUGGGGGUCUUCAAAGGCCUUGAUCCAGCCACACCAGAAAUAUUUUCUUAGACCCAAGUCAUGCUUGCAAAUCCCAAAAAAUUUUGCAGAUUCGAAAUGAAUUCUUUGAUACCAAGUUUGGCUUCCCACUUAUGUGUGGCAUAGAGGGAUUUGUCAGGGAUCUCCCCUAUUACCAAGAAUCCCGUCUAGUAUGGAAUUGUGUCGCUGUCCUGCAGCGGUGGGCUUGGUGCACAGAGCCGAUAAUAACACGCGUAGACCCUGACUGAUGGUCAAAGCCAAAGUUUAUUCAUGGCAUCAGGCUUUAAAGACUGAGGGUCAUAUGGGAUAAGGGAGGAGGUAUUGAGCUUAUCCACAAAACCCUUUUGUUUUGUAUGUCCCACCAAGUGUUCUUAUUUACAUGCUGUCCACUCAGCUGUUCUCAUACAAAUGAUACCCAUUUAGUUAUAUGAAUGGUACACACUCAGUUAUUCUCAUACAAGUGAUGCCCAGGCAGUUGUACAAAAGGUAUCCAUUCGGUUGUUCUCAUACAGAGGACAUCCAAUCAGUCACACAAAUGGCAUCCAUCCAGUUGUUCUCAUACAAAUAUUAUCCUAUCAAUUGUAAUCCUGUGCUCCUUGACCUUUUAGGGUCACAAGGUCCUUCUACAGAAUUGCAUGUAAAUUUUAAACUACAAAUCAAAACAAUAACAAUGCCAAAACUAUCUCUAGAGCCACGUGGGAGAAAGUGGACCCAGUGCCUUGGCAAAAUGUGCAUGUAUGUUACGUAACUUAAAACAUUUCUUUCCCUUGCACGCCUGGUAUAGACUGAGUCAUUGUCUUGCAGCUACAAGUUUAUGAAAUUGCUGAUAACCAGGUAAAUCUGGUUACGCUCAGACUGAAGGCUAACUCUUCAGAUAUGUGUAAGAGCUGGCCAGCGUGGCCUUUUUACACCUGGAAACCACAGGAAGGGGUGCUAGAGGCUGUGUGUGAGUCCUUUGCUGCUGCUUGGGAGGAGUUGACAUGGCUGUCCUGCAGAGCUGCUGGGUGAGAUCUCACCCCUGUCAUGAGAAGCAUAGAGGCGGCACCUAGCCACACCCCUGUGACUUGACAUCUGUCCCAUACUACCUCGCUGAUGCAGACUGCCAGCUCCAUGCUCAAUGAGAGACAGUGUAUUAGUUCUGUUUUCCUCUGGCAAGAAACACUUGAUGGAAUUUGUUGAAUUGCUCAAUAACUUCCCUCACCCCCAAACAGCCCAACAAGGGAUGAUUCUCUUGUUUGUGUUGUUUAAUCAAAGUGACGACAUGUCACUUUUUUUGGCAAUGGAGGAAUUAUGACACAUAGAAUUUGUAGAUCUUUCCACUUCUAAACCAGUUUCUCUGGUUUU